UGGCUCGGUCACUCGUAACCGCGAAAGAUGUUCUCGGCUUUCCUGAAAAACUUUUCCGCCCGGCACCUCCCAGGAGAGGUCUGAGGUCUUCCGCUCUGCAAAACGGCUGAUUUCAGCCGGUAAUUCCGAGAAAUGAGAGCCCCGUGGCUCGUCCUGGUUCUCGCCGAGAUCCUGUUCCUGGAGCUGGCCCCCGGGGACCCAGUGUAUCACCGUAAUGACACCGUCUUAAGCGGUCCCGGUCAAAGGUUGCCGGAGACCCUUUCCAGACGCAGGCGGGCUUUGACUUUUCCGAAGGGCAGCGCUUUCGUGAUUACGGUGUCGACGCUGCAGUCGGUUCUGUACCCAAUGCCAGCAAGCUGGUAUCUCGAUUUCGAGUUCGAUACUAUCUGGCCCAUUCCGACGCAGGAGAACACGAAAAAAAAGUAUUUAUUCAAGAGACCGUGGAUCAUCAAGAGGAGACAUCGCCGUGAAUUGUACGCUAAUUUUGAAACUGCAUUGAAUAGCCAAAAUUUGCCAGGACGGGAGUGCGUUCUGAGAACUAUCUGCGAGGCGAAGACGCUGUUGAGUCCGCCGGGUGUUUCGUUCGUCGAGGACGUCAUUCGAUUGAUUCUAAGUAACAUUGAGGAUACGAGGAAAAUUGAUCACUACGACAUUGCGUACAGGACCAGCGCACACUGCGAGGAAGCUUACGCUUGUCCUUUUUCCUUCCUGCAACUGUUAUUAUUUAAUUUGUACUCAGACACUACAAUUAGCUGA